GAUCGCGGAGCCCGAGCUCACCCACUCCUUCGACAAAGUCUGGAUCUGCAGCCACGCUCUCUUUGAGCUCAGCAAGUACCUGAUCUACAAGCUCCUGACCAUGGUCCUUGCCAUACCGCUGGCCCUGGUUGUGGGGAUCGUCUUCGCCGUGCUCAGCUGCCUGCACAUCUGGAUUGUGGUGCCUUUUGUGAAAACCUGUCUCAUGGUCUUGCCUUCAGUGCAAACUAUAUGGAAGAGCCUGACAGAUGUUUUCGUCGUACCGUUCUUUCAGAGCAUAGGCCGAUGCUUUGCCAUGGUUAAUAUACGCCUGGACCAAGAGUAAACGUCGGGGAUGCGACACUACUGUAAUUGUAGCUGGUGUGAUACCUCUUUGCUAACCUAACAUGCAAGCACUUACCGUUCAUUCCAAACUGUUGAAUUACGAUGGCUGGUUUAAGUGGGAACAUGCUAUUUUUCUUAAAACUCAUUUAUUUUCAGGGAGAUCAGUUUAAGAAGUAGGCAGUUUUUCAUAGCUCACUAUUUUAACAACAGAGCGAUCGCGGAGUAUGUUGGCAACACUUUAUUUUAAUGGUACGUUGAUGGCGAGGUGGCAGGAGAAUUCUCGUGGAGGUUUAACAGCCACCACAGCGAUAAUGAUUUGGCAUUACUACUAUAAAUAUUUCGAUGAGGAGGCUGUGAUACCUUAGGUGAAACUGAUCUCUAGGGUUUCACCUUGACGUUACUGCAGUUCCACCAGGGAUCAUUUUUGGCCCUCGCUAUGCAGAUUGAUAAACCCAGUCCUUCCUUAUCAGCAGUUAAAAUGAAUGUGACUCGUUGCACAAACAUACAGGGAAAGGAACUGUUGUGUAAUUCUCCUAUAUUGGGGAGGAAAAGCUCCCUAGAAAUUUAUCCCUUAAAAUAAGGUGUUAGCUAAUGAUUUGGAACAUCAGCUAAUCUGUAUAUUUUAUUUAAUGAGAGGUUAACUUUGCUGUAUAUUUUGUACCUUUGUAAAUGGCACUUGGUUGGUUUUUCGAAGCAUUAUUUCUAUAGUAUUUGAAUUCUAACCAACUUACUAGGCAGCAAGAGUGACACACUGCAAAAAAUGACUU